AUGACAAUCUCGGCAACCACAAGCGACGAUGAUAGUUUAGUUGAGCUCGGAACUUUGCGCGGAUUGGUACGUUUGACGCUGUGUAGAGCGGAUUAUUACGUUAUGAUAAAUGGUAAAUUUUUUACGGGCUUACCGCCCGGUAUGAUAGAACGUACUCGAGGUACAAAUCGCUUGGAAUCGCAUUUGUUUUGGCCGGAUGAUACAAAAUUAGAAUCAGCCGUGGAGAAUCGUGUAAGACGUAGAGCAAGUUUACAACUCGGAGAAGUUGAGAGACCACGUCUUAGGACGCAAACAUCUAUGGAUUUAGAUGAUGUUGAUACUAAAAAACGAUUUCACAAAGAGUUUGCAAAAUCCUCUAUACAAUUCUAUGAUAAUAUAGCAGAAGAAGGUGAACAACAUUAUAAUCCACCAGCGCGCAGAAAUAAUAAGAGUUUAAAAAAAGAGAUCACAUUAAAACCAACUGCCACAAAAUUCGAUUUACCUGAUGAGGAAUAUAAUACUGCUUUAAAGAAAAAACAGACACUUAGUUCGAAGAUACAAUUCUACGAUUUCAUAGAUGAUGAUAGGCACAAUCGUAAUAAUAUCAGAAGACCGAAAAUGGAUAUGAAUGAUAAAAAGGAAGUUGAACGUAAUAAUAAAAAUAGUCCUAAAUUGCAAAAUAAGCGUAAUGUCCGUAUACUCAGUGGAGGUGAAGAGCCAGAAAGGAAUAGAGAAUUUAUUAAGGAACAAAAUACACCAGAGAGAAGUCAAAAUUAUGAAAGUGAUUAUGAAGUAGAUGAGAAUUUUAGACGAGGACGAGAUAAUUAUGAAAGACCGGCAAAUAAAAGUAUUGCGAAAAAUAGAGAAAACUCACAUAUGUCACAACAAAUGAUACGAAAUACAAUGGAGGAACGAAGAGGUAAGGCAGCAGCAACCAGAAAUAGCGAUAGAGUUUAUAAUGAACAAGAAGACGAAUAUGAAGUUCCAACAUAUUCAAGAAAUAUGAAUGUGCAAUCUAGACAAAAUAAUAUGCCUAAAAAAAUACUUAAAAAUUCAAGAGGAAUGCGUGAAGAAUUCAAUGAUUUUGGUACAGGAGAAAUAACUGACUAUAUAGAUGAAGAUUUAAGGAGUAUGCGCAUAAGAACAUCUCCAAAGAAACAUGUUAGCUAUGAAGAUGAAGUCUAUGAGCAGGAAAGUGUUUAUCAUGAGCCAAGAGUUAAUGAUGUAGCCACAUAUAGACGCACCAAUUAUAGAACUUCCUCCUCAGCCUCUAAUGGUUAUAAUAAAUCUCCUUAUAUGAAAACAGGAAGCAGUCAACAACGCCAACAAUUUGUAUCUAAUAAUACAGAUUUUGAUUAUGAAAAUGCAGAUUACGAUCAAUAUAUGGAAACUGAUGCCGACGUAGCAGCGGUGGAUGGUAAAAAGCACUUGCGCAGCAGCAUUUGCUUUAGUGGCGGCGAAAUAGUUGCUAAUAACAUCGUCGAUACAAAAACUCCCACUUCGAAUAAUCGACGCAGCAGUGCGCGCAGCAUCUCUGCCUCUCAACGUAUUAGUGUGGGCUUACCAGAUUGA